AUGGCGCCACGUACCGACGCGACCCCCGACACGCCGGAGGCCGGAGCUAUGCGCAUGUUGAUGCGGUUCUUGUCCCCUUAUUACGUCUGCAACGCCGUGGCACUGCUCAUGUAUGUGCCAAUCCGCUAUCAGCGCAGCAGCGAGGCCCUGCUUGAGCGAGAAAACUUCCUCAACUUACCACUGGAACAAGAGAUAUUCCUGCUGGCAUUGGGCUCGUGGAUGCUGAAUUACCGCAAAAAGGCGACAGCGGAUGGCGUCGUCGCGCUCUUUUUCAUGUACGGCAAAAUUGCUGUGCUGGCCUCACUCUACUACUUGGACAUCACCCUUUUCGGGUGGUACGCUGUUGUUUGUCUCGCGCUGUUUGCGGCGGUGGGACAACCGAAGUAUGAAGGCCCCUCCAAGAUAGCCGAGCUGGAUCCAGCUGCAGUGGAGAAGUUAGUCAAGAAAUCUACUGGAUCGAAGAAGAAAGGGCCACCUAAUUCUUGGCUCGUUUUCUACUACGCCGACUGGAGUGAUUCUUGUGUGGAGCAUGAGCCCAUGCUCGCAGAUCUCUCGCUCAGAUACUCGUCGAGCACGCUACAAUUCGGCAGGGUGGAUGUGAAUAAGUGGUCGGAUCUGGCCGUCGAGAACCGGAUUAGCGUAUCAACGUCGUCGUGGCAACUACCAACGUUGAUCCUUUUCCAGGACGGAGAAGAAGUCAUGCGCUUACCACCAAUUGAUGAGAAUGGAAAGGUCACGAAGACGGUGCUAGACCGGGAGCUGAAGGAGGGCAAGCCGACCGCAUUUAAACCGAAAACAAAUUAG